AUGGGAUUGGAUUUGCAGUCUGUCAAUAGCCUGUCACUUCGAGCUGUGUAUCACUUUAAGAUCGCUGAGUUUGUCCCUACAAAAGGCGAUAUAAGUUAUGAAGCCCUCUCCGAGAAAAUUAACGUCGAUGUCACGAACCUGCGCCGGCUCGUCAGACAUGCUAUUUCGAACCAUAUAUUCCGCGAACCCCGAUCCGGAUUUGUCGCACAUACCUCUUCCUCGAGACUGCUUGCUGAAGAUGCCCAGCUGCAGGCUUGGGUAGGAUUCUUCUCGGAAGAUCUUUUGCUCCUUAUAGGUAACACAGUCGACGCAAUGGAUAAGUGGCCUGUGAGUCAGGAACCAAGACAGACAGGUGAGGAAGGUUCAUCUGCUAUCGCAGUGGCCUAG